AUGGCUUUACUAGUAAAGGGAGUGGGGCAGUUUUGGCUUGGGAAGCACACUACGGCGGCGAAUUCUCAUUUGGAUGGGCGUCGAUUGGGCGGUCGUCAUUUAGGGAAGAUGUCGGCAUGGUUAGCGGAACACCUUUUCAAUUCUCAGGCCCGGAAUUGGAAAAGGAAGGUCGUUGUUGGUGCCUCCGAGAAUAUCGGGGAAGAGGAUGUUUCAGCGAAGAUCGUGAAGGUUGUUACGAGGAAUAAGGGAGUGGUUGCGAAAGAUAAGGGAUUGAGUGUUUUAACAACCGAGAAUUUGGUUUAUUUCAAGAAUUUCUUGGUAAAGGUGACUGAUGAAUCUCCAUCUCCUGCGGGUUUGCACCAUGAAGGUAGGGAAGGCAUCCCCUCAGUUGUGCAGCCCAAUACGAAUAUUCCUGGAGUUGGGCCUGCUUCUCUGGGCCCAGUAUUGCAAUCUACUAAGAUGGAUGGUGGGCUGCCUAGUGUGGGUAAUCCUAUUAAUAUUUGUUCGGACCCAGUUGGAGCUACUGGCCCAAAUGCUGUCAAAAAGCUCUUGCACAAAAUGGCUGCAAUCUCCCCUUUUGUCUUCGGCAUGAGUUCUUCUUCAAAUGUCAAGAAACCUAGGAAGUGGAAGAAGACGGCUCGGGUGAGUUCGAAAUACUCUUUUGAGGCUUUUGCUCCCCAAUCGAACCUUAAAGAUGGGCGGAAGAGAGGUACGGGUGUAUCUACUCAGGAGACUACUGGGUCGGGUAUGUUCAAGAGAACUCGUGAUAACAUUGCUGUAAGUUUUCAAAACGAGGUUGGAGCGGGUACUCAAGUUGUAUCUGAGGCAAGGCGUGAAGACGGUGUUGAUGCUAAUGAUCCGGCUGCAACACCAAUUACUGAUUUGUUUGUAUCGGCUGAGAUGGCCAAUAAGAGCCAUCUGCCGGAAGCAAUGAAUUGUCUAGUUUGGAACUGCCGAGGUCUCGGGGCGUCUCGUGAGAGGGUCGAUGAUGACAUGGAGAAGAUGAAUCAGAGGUACUAUUGUGUGAGUGGCUUGUUAGAGCAAUGGCAACAGAAUCUUGGUGGCAGCGGCAAUUUCGUUUUGAACGUAUAUGGUGUCAUCAUACUGAUUUUCUUCGAGUUGUUAAGAGUUCUUGGUUUUUCAAAUUUCGGUGAUACCGUUAUGGAUAAGGUUUUAUUGGAUUGGGAUCAAAAUGUUUUUGGUGAUAUUAAGCAGAAGAUUAAGUUGAAGCAAAAGGAGUUUGAGAAGCUUUAUCAGCAAGGGUCUGUAGGUGAGGAUAGCUCCAAUUUAGAGUUUUUUCAUCAGGAAUUGAAUGAACUCCACCAACAAGAGGAAGUGAUGUGGCAUCAAAGAUUGAAGUCUCUCUGGUUACGGGAUGUAGAUCGGAAUACGCGUUACUUCCAUACGGUGGCCUCUUCUCGUCGACAAAGAAGCAUAAUUUCUUCGAUUUAUGAUGAUAGUGGAGCUUGUUUUUCGGAUGCUAAAAGCAUUGAGAGGAUUAUUUUGGAAAUUAAAGCUGUUGUAUUUCAGAUAGAGGGGGAUAAAGCUCCGGGACCCGACGGGAUGACACAGGCCUUCUUUCAACAGCGUUGGGGAUUAAUAGGUAAGGAUGUGGCUUCUUUUUUUGGAUUUUCUGAAUAUGGUAAGCUUUUGCCUUCUAUUAAUCACACCAAUAUUGUGCUAAUACCUAAGACUGCUUCGUCGAAUUUAGCUAAAGACUAUAGGCCCAUUAGCCUAUGUAAUGUCAUUUUUAAAAUUAUAUCUAAGGCUUUGGCAAAUCGCUUGAAGUUAGUCUUGCCUAAUUUGAUUGGGGAUAAUCAAAGUGUCUUUGUUCCUGAUCGUAUGAUUUAUGAUAAUACAAUGAUCGCUUUUGAAACUAUUCAUUUUAUGCGAAACAAGCGAUUUGGUCAUAAGGCACACAUGGCUUUAAAAUUGGAUUUAAGCAAGGCCUACGAUAUAAUCGAAUGGGAUUUUCUAGAAGAUUGGGUUCAUUGUGCGGAGGCAGUUGAGUAUUUGGGUGGCAAUUGUGGGAGUAUGGGCGGUGACUGA